GAACGCCAGGGCCUUCGUGGCGAGGAGCUCGCGGCCAUCGACAAGGCUGCAGAUGCUAUCCGUGGCACGGUGCUGAAGGUUUCCGAGAAGGGGAAGUCGAAGAAGGGAACUGCUUUGGCAGCUCUGCGUUCCGACUUCUCGGGAGCCCUCCGCGAUCGGGCGGUCGCGCUGCUCAGACAGCGUGCUGAGGAGCUGGACAGCAACACCUUGUCCUCCCUCGCGCUCCGUGUCGAGGGUGACGGCCUGGGGAAGAUCAAGAAGAUGAUCUUUAGCUUGGUGAACCGUUUGCAGGAAGAGGCCGCAGCAGACACCGAGAAGGAUGGGUGGUGCAAGAAGGAGCUCGCCACUAACGAGCAAGCCCGAACCUCGAAGAAGCAGCAGAUGGACACUUUGCAGGGCGAGGUGGAUCAGCUAGAGGUUGACAUCACGGAGCUCGGAGACUCGGUGGACGGCUUGAGCAAGGACAUCACCAAGCUCGCGGCCGACCGCGAGGAGUCGGAGAAGUUGCGGCAAGCCGAAAAGGAGGAGAACGAGGAGACGAUCAAGGAUGCCCAGGACGCUCAGAAGGCCAUUGCCCAGGCUGUUGCUGCUUUGGACAGCUUCUAUUCCGGCGCCGUGGCCAAAGCAUCGAAGACGGCCUUGCUUCAGGAUUCCAUUUCCGAUGCACCGGAUAUCUUCGAGGGCUCCUACACGGGCAUGGACGGCGGAGGUGUGAAUGCAUUGCUCGAAGUUCUGGAGGCCGAUUUCGCUCGACUGGAGACAGAGACGAAGGCUGCUGAGGCCCAGAGCUUGGGUGAGCAUACCAAGUUCAUGAGCGAUUCGAAGGUGGACAAAGCUGCCAAGGAGAAGGAGGUUGAGCUGAAGACGGAAACAAAGAACCAGAAGGCCAACCAGCUGAAGAGCAAGAAGAUUGACCUUGCCGAUGCUGGGAAGGCCCUGGCCGCGGCCAACAAGUACCUGGAGGAGCUCAAGCCGGAAUGUCUCAGGCCGGCCAUGACGAAGGAGGAGAAGAUGGAGCAGAGGAAGCAAGAGAUCGAAUCUCUAAAGGAAGUCCUUGAGAUUCUGCAGGGCUGA